UCUUCUUUUUGACCUUGCUGUAAUGUCACCUAUGUAACUUAGUAACGUUUUAACUAGUUAACACUGAAUAUAUAACGACGUUUUAAUUGAGCACUGCGCUUGCACCAUGGUAUGGAUGAGUAAAAAUAACCUCUAAUCAUAAGAGAUGCAUAAACGGAUUAUUUAUAUGACUUGAACUCUAUAUUUUGGGCAUCACAGUUAUGGCUUUCCAAAGCAUCAAACUCUUUGCUCUUGAGCUGGACGGUCCGGAGGAUACUGUGUACGGCAGCGGAGAGAUGAUCACCGGCGUGGUGAUCCUGGAGCUCAACCGGGAAAUCAAAGUCCGAGCCCUGAGAGUCCUGGGACGAGGGGUCGCCGCGGCCCACUGGCUGGAAACCCGCAGUGUCGGCGUGAACACCGUCUAUAACGACCACACAUCCGAGAUCACUUAUUUCAGGAAGAGACAGCACCUUAUCCGAGGUGGAUGUGUUCACGUUAUAGCCCUGAGAGUCCUGGGACGAGGGGUCGCCGCGGCCCACUGGCUGGAAACCCGCAGUGUCGGCGUGAACACCGUCUAUAACGACCACACAUCCGAGAUCACUUAUUUCAGGAAGAGACAGCACCUUAUCCGAGUGAAGCUCAAUGAAAUCGUACAGUAG